UUCCCGAGCAUCCCGGAACCGCCCGCAGCAUCCCGCAGCAUCCCGGAGCAUCCCGGAGCCGCCCGCAGCCAUGGCCCGGCCCGCCGAGCCCGGCCCCGCGCCCUGGUGGAAUUACUUUUUCCUUUAUGACGGCUCAAAGGUGAAGGAGGAAGGAGAUCCUACAAGUGCUGGGAUCUGUUAUUUUUACCCAUCUCAGACCCUCCCAGAGCAGCAGGAGCUGCUGUGUGGGCAGAUGGCAGGAGUGAUUCGCUGCAUGACCGAGAUCUCCGGGGUCCCUCCCAGCCUCGUCCGCCUCAGGAAGCUCAAAUUUGCCGUGGUGGUGGAUGGAGACUAUCUGUGGGUUCUGGGCUGUGCAGUGGAGCUCCCUGACGUGAGCUGCAGGCGCUUUCUGGAGCAGCUCAUCAGCCUCUUCACCUUCUACCAUGGCCCCGUCCGCGGCGCCUACACGGCAUUUUCCCAGGAGGAGCUGGGCAGGCAGUGGGACAGGUACAUUGAACACAUCCAAAAAAACACCAGUGACCUCCACAGGAUUUUCAAUUCUCUUUGGCAUCUGGACAAAACCAAGGUGGAUCCCCUGCUCUUGCUGAAGGCAGCUCUCAUCUUGCAGACGUGCCAGCGCUGUCCCCAUGUCUUGGCAGGCUGCAUCCUCUACAGAGGCUUGAUUGUGAGCACCCAGCUGCCACCUUCCCUCACUGCCAAAGUUCUCCUCCAAGGCAGCGAGUCUCCAGGCCAGAGGGAACCCGGAGAUGAGGAGUCACGGGAGCCUGAGUCUCCGUUGCCGCAGGGUGUCCGUAUCAUCCCAGUGUUCCUAACAGGGGAUGAAGUUUCAGUGCUCCGGGACUUCCCAGUGGAGUGGAUGGCCAGGGCAUCCAUGUCCCCAGCCAGCACCAGAGCAGAGGAGAGUGCUCUGUGCUCCCAGGCAGUUCCAGAGUCAACAGGAGUUCAUGAAAACCAAGCCCUGGAUGGUAUAUUUGUGCAGGAGUCCCCUGAGGAGGCUUCAGGCACAGCUGCCCCGGGAGAUGCUCUGCAAUCAGGCAGCCCUGCAUGUCCCUUGACGGGCUUCCCUGGCAUGGGAGCCAGCACAUGGAGUUCUCCAGCUGCAAAACGGAGUGGACCAGGCAGUGACAGCUCAGAGCUCAGCAGGAAAACACACAUCCCAUCAGAGAGUGACACAGAGCAUCUCCCAAGCCCUUCCACACUCAGGACUUCUGAAUGUGCUCAAACUACGGGUCCAUACCUGGAAGGCUUUUCCUUUCCCAACCCUUACGCCCAGGAGCAGGAGAGUCGGGACAUGGGGAAAUCCCUUGUGGACUCUUAUACUGAGCACUCUGAUGCUGAGAACCAAAGUUCUCUCUCCUCUCCUGUCCCCUCUCCUGCUCAGGAGCUGAGCAGGAGGAAAUCCAGAGAAUACAAUGAGCAAGGGACUGUGAGCCAAAGCCGUGUCUCCGGAGGAAGCAGCAGCACUGCUGGUGACCAUGUGUGGGGUUUGGAUGGUCCAGGCACUGCUGGACAGUCACAGCUCUGGAGUGGGAGUCAGCUGCCAGCUGUGGGCGUUCAGGAGGGUCUGCUCAGUGACCCAGCAGGGAACACGCCAUGUCCGAGGAGUGGGGAGGGCAGCUGGGCAUCCCAAGGGGACAGGCUGGGAGCCCAGACUGCCGUGGAGUUGGGCAGAGGGGGUGAUCCAGCCCGGAUGAGCCUCUAUGUUCACUGCAUCAAGGGGCUGGUGCUGUCACUGCUGGCUGAGGACCAUCUUCGAGGGGACCGGAGUGCCAUGGAAGAUGUGUACCACAGCAGCCUGGCUUCCCUGAAUGGCCUCGAGGUUCACCUGAGGGAGACUCUGCCCAAGGACUCCUCGGCCUCAGCCAGGACAACUUACAGCUUCACACACUAUGACCGUGUCCAGAACGUCCUCACAGCCAACCUGCCCCACACACCUGGGCCUCUGGACCGGCACUUCCUGAGGGCGGCCACGCUGAUCCACUCUGACUUCUGCCAGCUUCCCUCGGCCUCAGAGGUGAUCAUCAGGAACGCCUCCACGGCCGUGUACGCCUGCCGGAACCCCAUCCAGGAAACCUAUUUCCAGCAGCUGGGUGCUCCGCUCCGCAACUCGGGCGUCCCCAACCCGCACGACAGCGCCUUCAGCCUGCCCAGCAAGGCCAAGCAGAAGCUGCUGAAGCACGGGGUGAACCUGCUGUGAGCUGAUGUUCUCACACGACGUGUCUCAGCCCCUGCUGAAUGUUCAUCUCCAGUAAGGAAAAUCUCAGCCAUUUAUCCCGUCAGAGGCAUGAGGCUCUGUCCUGCCUCUGUGGGGUCUCCAGCCUGCCUGGCCCUGAGAACGGGGCACUUGUUGCCCUGUCCUGCAGCUCAUCUGGGGCCAGGGCAGGUGUUACUGACAUUAGCACUUACCAAAGACUGAAGACAGAACACAGCCACGUUGGGGCACUUGGUUUACAUGGACUCUGGGCCUGUUCUUGGUGCUCUGCAGACUCCCCGCGUGCCUUGACCUGAAGUAAAACCUCGUCUUCUGAGCUACACAGACUUUGGACAGUGCUGGCUUUGAGAGGUGUCAGUCAAACACUGUGCCUGCACUUGCCCUGGUCAGACUUGGGCUUUAUUUAUAUCUCUCAAUCCAUAGGAAUGAGCCCUGCCAUGGUGUAGUGCCUUACCUUGAUUAGCAGAGCCUGCCUGUUCUCAGACUGGAGAAGUGCUGCAGAACUCAUAAGCCUCCUCUGAGUGCUGCCAGGAGGCUUUUAUGUUGCAGGUGACUCUGGGAGGUUCUUGUCCCUCCACGCCUGCCUGGUCAGUGAUGGUGCAGCCCAGCACUGCCCACACCAGGACCCCAUGGCCUCACAGGGCCCUGGGAUGGUGGUGGUGGUGUGAGUGUCCUUCUCCCUCCCUCCCUCCUGCUGCAGGACCUUGUUUUGCUGCUCUUGCUGCUCUGUUUUCCCACACUCUGUUGACCCUGAAACUGCCCCUUAAGCUGAUGGGACCAAAGAGGAUUUGUCGCCCCUCAGCAACUGUUCCCUUCCUGCUCUGACAGUGUGUCCCCUCUCAGUGGUGGCUGGGGGAGUCUGUGGUGAUGGCUGCUUAGACCUGAGAGAUGGAUACCUGUGUUUGGCUGGGCUUGGAAACCUGCUGCUGGUACAUACACAUACCCCCCACCCGCCACAGUGUGACUGUGGAAAUAAAAGAGAGUCUUCAAGGCUCAUUCUAGCACUGUGUCAG